AUGCCAGGAGGCCGACUACGAACCUUGCGCGGCUUCGUGGUCUCGGUGGUGCUAGCCUACGUGCUAGACGCUGUAGCUAGCUACCGCGAUCUCGUUCGCAUCCCACUUGAAAGCGACGACCAGCUAAGAUUUACAGGAACAGUUUACGUUGGCUCGCCUCCUCGGAGCGUGCAGGUGGACUUCGACACAGGCUCAAGCGAUACUUGGGUGGUGACGAGCAACCACUUUCCCACUUACAGGGACGUUGAACCUGCUCCAAAAGCCUUCGCGAUCGGCUAUGGCGGCGGCGUUGCGUCGGGGCUUGCGGUCCCUGCAAACCUUCAGAUUGGUAACCAGCUUGGCAAGAACUCGAACGAGGUACUCUUUCCAAACAUACCGAUAGGCUUCGUCGACGAUCCGGUGGCAGAUCUAAAUUCCCAAGGUGUUGUCGGCCUUGGGAUGGAAGCACUGGCUCAAAUCCGAAGCAACUGGAGUCUCCUGGGGCUGAUGGCCGAACAACAAGGGAAUCCAAGGCCUGUGGUGUUCUCGCUUUACAUAAGUAGCUGCUCAGGCGCCCAGCCAUCCUCCCAGCUCAUUCUUGGAGGACAUGACCCAGCAUUGACCAGCAGCAACACGACAUGGUUCAGUUUUUCUGUCAUCUCGAACGACGAGCUUCGCGGUCACCAACCUCCGGAUUCUAACGUUGCAAUUGCCGAGACCAACUUCGGAUUUUGGGCCUUGCGAAUGCAGAGCAUGUGGUUUGACAACAAAGUAUUACCAAUCGGGCCUGCCAACCAUCAUGGCGCAGUACUACUCGAUUCGGGGACAUCAGUGCUGCUUUUAUCUCAGCACACCUUCGAUGCUGUCGUUCAGGCGCUCUCCACCCGCUUUGGUACA